GCGAGGAGAGGAGAAACGUUUAGCCCAGCUCAGUCAUACCGCGGUCUGGACUCACAGGCGAGGAGAGGAGAAACGUUUAGCCCAGCUCAGUCAUACCGCGGUCUGGACUCACAGGCGAGGAGAGGAGAAACGUUUAGCCCAGCUCAGUCAUACCGCGGUCUGGACUCACAGGCGAGGAGAGGAGAAACUUGCUAUAGCCUACUACUCUUUGUGUUUAAAAAUCCAGGGAAUAUCCAGGAAGAAGCCAAAAGUUGUCUUGUUGUAUAUGUUUCGGGGUUUUAUUUGACGAGGUGAGGGGCCUCUUAUCGAGUGGAAUCGAACAGAGGACCAUAGAUCUUGCUUAAAGUGGAGUGAUUUGGAUCUGUAAAACCAACGGCUUUCCAACCAAAUUCAUACAAAACGAGCCCUGUCCUGAGUUGAAACCAGCGCUGUUAUGGGUUUGGAGUUAUUCUUGAUAUUUUUCUGUGCGUCGAGUAUAAGUUAGCUAGGUAGGUUUGUUAUACGCUAAUCGGUGUUUUGACGUCUGUAUUGAGUCAGCGUCAUGACUUCUGGCUAUGCGCAUGUAAUGGACAGACAAGACUCACUGACGAGCCGCCUGGAAAGCCCGAUAUCAGCCAAACUGGAAACACUGCAGGCCAAGAAAAACUUCUCUGUCAGCCACCUGUUGGAUCUGGAGGAGGUGCGGGAGAUGGUAGGGGUUCAGGCCAAUGAGAGCGCCGGGGAUGCGGGAAGGAGCGUGGUGGAGUCCCCGGGGCUGACCAGCGGCAGCGAUACGACGCAGCAGGAGAAUGAGCAUGUGAGUUCUGAGGAGGAAGAGGAAGCAAAUCAACAAACAAAUCAAAUUUCAUUUGUCAGCAGUCAGCUGCAGGUUAGCAGAGUGUUUGAGAGGACACACGAAACCCUGUGCUUCUAGUUCCGACAAUGCAGGGAUGACCUGGCACGCAGGGUUAACCUCAUUGAGACACGGGUACAGGUAUGGUUUCAGAACAGGAGGGCUAAGUUCCGUCGUAACGAGCGUGCUAUGCUAGCCAGUAAAAAUUCCUCCAUGAUAAAGUCCUACUCUCGUGACCUCACGGCAGUGGAGCAGCCAAUCGCACCUCGACCCAACGACUACCUGUCCUGGGGCUCCUCUUCACCCUACAGUGCCAUGGCAGCGUACCCCCCCACCUGUUCUCCCACCACCUCAGCCCAGGGGAUGAACAUGGCUAACAGCAUCGCUAACCUCCGGCUCAAAGCCAAGGAGUACAGCCUCAACCAGGUGCCUACUGUCAACUGAUGAAGAGGAGGAAGAUUAAUGCUUCUCCUAAAGUCUAGAGAGUUCUACAGAGAAAUUAUGUUUACCAAAGGACGACACAACAAGCAAACUGCAGUCUUUGUUUUUAACGGCACGUCACAAUUUCAAUGAAUGUAUUUAGUGUUUUUAUGUGCGUGAUCGCCUACAGACAACUGGUCCUACACGCGAGAGACAUUUGAGAGCAUAUCCUGUCCUACAGAAAACUGGUCCUACACGCGAGAGACAUUUGAGAGCAUAUCCUGUCCUACAGAAAACUGGUCCUACACGCGAGAGACAUUUGAGAGCAUAUCCUGUCCUACAGAAAACUGGUCCUACACGAGAGACAUUUGAGAGCAUAUCCUG